AUGCCACAGCAGCAACAAAACCCAGGAGCAGUCAGCACCCCCAAUGGAGUGGCCAAAGGAGAGUAUUGCAGCCAUUGGGCAGCUGGAACUCAGAUUCGUGGAAAUCUGAAAAACCAGACAGACACUGAUGAUGCCGCUGAACUCACAGAGCCCAAUGUGGGCACAGGGCCCUUGAAUUGUGGCAGCUGCACACCGGGGGGCAAUGCCCUGGCUCUGGCUGGAUCCUUUGGUGCUCAUGGCCGAGCCUCUGCCCCAGCAAAUGCCACGCUGCUGGCCUGUUCACCAGGAGCUACAGGGCCAAUAGGGAUGCUGGAUGUCCCCAAUGUGGAGAAUGGCUCUGCUGGAGAACCUGGACCGAAGGGAGACUCAGGGCCCCAUGACAUCGCUGCUCUGAGGCGGCAGGUGGAGGCCUUGCAGGGGCAGGUAGGACGCCUUCAGGGAGACUUCCUUCAGUAUAAGAAAGUGGAGCUCUUCCCCAACGGCCGAGGUGUUGGCCCGAAGGUCUUCAAGGCAUCAGGCUUUGUGAAACAUUUCUAUGAGGCACAGCAAGUGUGCGCACAGGCCGGGGGGCAGCUGCCCUCCCCACGCUCUGCAAUUGAGAAGGAGGCCUUGCAACAGCUGGUCGAGGCUGAGGACAAGGGUGCUGCGUUCCUGAGCAUGACUGACUCCCAGACGGAGGGCAGGUUCACCUACCCAGGAGGGGAGCCCCUGGUCUAUUCCAACUGGGCCCCCGGGGAGCCCAACGACGAUAGCGGAAGAGAGGACUGUGUGGAGAUCUUAACCAACGGCAAGUGGAACGACAUAACCUGUGGAGCAAAGCGCCUUGUGAUCUGCGAGUUCUGA